AUGGUUUGGCACUUUCCCGCCAAACGCACAGUAAGUCCUAGGGCACCGGUGUGGUACCGGCCGAAGGCUCUCCGAUGCUUAAGUAAGUACGGAUUUAGUAAGUUUGAACUACAGAUCAAUAGGCAGUAUGUCAGUUUCGAUGUGGGAUUGUGGACAUCAAUUGUGGGACUGCCACGUGUCGAAGGGGAUGAGGUUGCCCUAAUGGUGCGACCGGUAGGGAUGAUAUCGAAGAUGGGUGCCGAAGGCACCCAUAGCUCUGGAGUCCCCCAAGUCCUCUUGCGAGAGUUCUCGGAAGGGGAUUUGAAGUUGUCUUCGGAAGGGAAUGCCGUCCUACCGUUCGAGGCUGACGUCGGGGAAGUCAGAAGGUCGCGUCGAGUAGAUGGGUGA